AUGGGAAUAAGUCGAAUUAUAAAACUGUUUUAUAUUACGAUUAAGUGUUAUAUAUAUUCCCCAAGUUACAGAAGUAUUAGAAAGAGACGAUCAGCCGCAAUAGUAAAGUUCCUUGAGGACCAAGAUAUUGCUAAAUUCAGAAAGUCGCCAAGCAGAAAACCCAGAAAAUCUCGUCAUGUAUCACAAUCCGAAGAAUUGCCUGAACAAUUAAGCCCAGAUCAAACAUGCAAAGAUAGUCCAGAUAUAGACAUGCCUGAGGACCUCACGAUACCUUCACGCAGCACAGAGCAGUUGCCAACCUUAGCACGAUCUAAAACAAAAAAACCAUCUGUUAGGUCUCGUCGUAAGAAAAACACCAAAAAGAAAGUGCCGGACGUUUCUACGCCUACUACUGACAAAAAUACUACGUCGAAAGAAACCCAAACUGACUUAGUAAUGACUGAUGCACACGAAAAUUUAUUGAGAUUAAUUAUGUCGCAAAACAUGGAUACCCCAAAUCGUAUGUGGGCAAAUGAUGAUUACUUUACGAAUUAUACAAAUCCCGCUGAAAGUAAUAGUACGAAAAUGUUUAACGACCAUGAAAUAGCCGGAUUUAUGUCAUUAUUCGAACAGCAAGCGAUCUUGAGCAUGCUUGCCAUGUCACAACAACAUCAAUUUAAUCCGAUAAACCCAAAUCUCAAUAGAUGUACUAUAACUGAGAUAAAGGAUAACGAUGAACUAUGGCAAAAGCAAGAUUUGCAAAUCGAGGAACUACCGGUCUCCAAUGUGGAACAAACUCAACAAAACAAACAAGCAACAAACAAAAGUUCAACUGGAAAAGGAAGCCGCAAUAGGGUAGAAGCGGAAACAGAGCUCGAAGUAAACGACUUAGACUCAAGUGAACUAGACAACUGCCACUACAAGAAGACGCCAAUAGUUCACAAAUGUAUCAAAUUUAUACCCUUUAAUUGGAAAGAUCUUUAA